AUGGGGGAUAUGAACGAUCAAAUUCUCUACAAUCGCAUCCGGUCCAAGUAUGUGCCGGGGAGAAUCUCCCUGCGUGCAAUUACGGCGUCGCGUCUUCAGGGCUGGGCGGCCGCGGCGGGGGUGAUCAUCGGCGCCGCGCUUUUCAUCGGCCCGUGGCUUUGGGAUGAGUUGCAGGAGGCACUGCACAAGAAAUUCGUUCCCAUGCCCCCCUCCUCCAUGCCUCGGACGUCGCCGAUGUGGUGGGAUAACGAGUGGCGAAAAGGUGCGACCUCCUGGCGCGUGGGCGAGACCGACGUUAACUUUUACCAAAGCAUCUAUCGCUUUGUGCGGGCGCAAACCGGACGUGAUUUAUCCACGGCGGAAACUUUUAUCGCCUCCCACCCUGACCCCACGGUCGCGAAAAAGGUGAAUUGCAAGACGAAGGAGGGCGAGCUCCAGUCCCCUCCGGAGGUGUUGGUGCCCUUGUGUGGGGAUUCGUUGAUCAUACGCACCAUGGGCGCGCAGGGAUACGACGUACAUGGCGUGGAGUCCUCAGAGACGGCGGUGCGCUCGUUGGUGGAGCGGACUGAGCUGGUAUUGCCGAUCGAAGCGUACAAACGCGUCCACGUCCACUGGGAUGAUUUCUUCUCGUCGUCGCUGUGGGAGGGGCCUCUUCGGGGCAAAAAGUUUGACAUCAUUUAUGAGCGGCAGGCCAUGACGUCACUUAACCGUGACCAGCGCCCGAACUACGUGUAUUUACUAAAGCAGGCACUGAAGGAUGAUGGGCUUAUUUAUGUGGAGGGUAUUUUUCGUACCGGUAGGGUGAAAGGCAAUAAGAUCCGUGGUCCACCGUACUCUCUAUCACACAAAGAACUAGAGUAUUUUUUCCCAACUUCCGAGGGUUAUUUUGUGCGUUGUGAGGAAAAGGUAGAUGCGAUGUCGCGGCUUAGCCGGGAGGAUCGUAUUCUGCAGCGCGUGCCGCGGGAGCUGUACGUAACACCUUUUAAUUGUGUCGUGUUUCGUUCUGCUGGAGUCAAUCUAAAGGAACGCGAUGCAUUUGUCUCCGCGCAGGUAGAAAAAGCGCAGAAAACAGCGAUAAAUACUCAAAAGGUGGCAUCGGUAUCAUGA